UGCUCUUUUCCCCAAUAAGUUCCAAUUGUUGGGGUGGGAUGCAGCAUUUUGCUUUCCUCCAAUAGAUUCAAAGUGUACUCCCUGACUGACAAUAGCGAGUCUGCGAGUGGGAGGAACAACUCCGCGGCGAUCCUUCUGGCUUUGUUACGUCUGGGAAGCCAUUUUGGAAUUCUGUUACUAGUGCCUGAGAAUUACACAUUGACAACUUGCAAAGUUUUUUUUACCUCUGCUCUCUCGGAAAAAACAUUUACAGAGGCCGUUCGGGGUUCGGAUCUUUGGGCCCACCCCUGCGCACCGUUUUGCGACUUGUGUCUCGGGAUGCGGCGAGAAGUUUGCGCAUCUUCCUUGGCUGUGUUAGUCUUGUACGAUUGGAUUAAGCUCAGAAGAAUAUAAGACAAAUGGACUCGCAGCAGAACACGGUCUGAUUGAAGAAUGACCAUGGAUUACUCCCACCUGCACACGUACACGCCCCCACAGUGUGCUCCGGAGAACACGGGGUACACCUACUCCCUCAGCUCCAGCUACUCGUCGGCGGCCCUGGACUUCGAGAAGGAGCACAAGAUCGACCCGGUGUUCGACUCGCCCAGGAUGUCCCGCCGAAGCCUGCGUCUCGGUCACCACGGCGACGACAGCCUGCAGCUGGACUCCUCCCUCACCCACAGCGCCCCCUGCAGCGCGGGCGGGGCCAGCCGGAGAGAGGCCAGGACGGUGAGGAGCAGGAAGCAGCAGUCUGGCACGCAGACGCGCUCGCAGACGCAGACGCAGACGCAGACGCAGAGCUCCUCUCAGUGCAGCUCCAGCUCUGUGCUCGUGAGUCAGAGCGGCUGUGCAGCCGGCCACGCCCUGCUGGGGGAGUCGCGCCUGCUGGAGCGCACCGUGGCGGACGGCUACUGGGAGCUUUGGCACCUUCGUGCAUUCUGGAAUGUUCCCCAGCUGUCAGCCCAUAUGAAAUGUUUAGAUGGCGACAAGGGGCUCAAAGAGGGGAGGACACAGCGCAGCACGGUACAGGGGAAUGGAGACGUCAGCAUGACUCAGACGCAGACGCAGACGCAGGCCUCCAUGGCGAACGGCUACAUCUGCAGGGACUGCAGCAUCCACGGCGAGAGGAAGGGGGCGCUCACGGCCUGCUCCUCCACCUCCGCCGCAGCCUCUUCCUCCUCGGCAUCGUCCUCUUCCUCCCUGUCCCAGUCCGCCUCCAUCUACUCCCACGACAGCAGCCAGAAACACAAGUCAGGGGCGCUGGUGAGACUCUCGCGCACCUGCGUGCGUUACGGCGGCCACGCCCUCACCUGGGCGGCGUCCUUAGUGGGGCUGCUGAUUCCCAGCGUGGUGCUCAGGAGGGGAGACGAGGCCUCGGGCCAACAGGGCGCAGGUGUGCUGGCGUCCGUGGCGGGCACCUGUCUGUGCUACAGCCGUGGAGUCUUCACCUCCGUGGUGUCCCUCAUGUCCCUGCUCCUGCUGAAGACCACGGGCUUCAGGGCCAAAGGCCACCAGGAGGCCAUCAUCAGCGAAGGAGGCCACUCCAGCUACUGCGGAAGUGUUAACGUCAAAGAUUUGGUGACAGGAGACCAGCACCUGAAUUUAAACGGGUCACUCUGCGAUGACUGCAAAGGGAAGCAGCACAUGGAGAUGCGUGCGGUCUCCGCUCGGUCCUCUUGGGCCCGCCGCCUGGGGGCGCUUCUGUGGAGCGUCUGUGCUUACACAGGCUACGGUGUGCUGCAGACGGGUCGUUCGGUGGGAGCAGCCGGCCUCUACGUCAUCCGGAAGCUUCUGUCGGUGCUGUGGUUGCUGCUAAUCUCACCAGGGAGGGCAGCUUCCGCGGUCUUCUGGUGGUUGGGGACGGGAUGGUACCAGCUGGUCACACUCAUGUCCCUGCUCAACGUCUUCAUCCUGACCCGGUGCCUCCCGAAACUGUUCAGACUCCUGCUGUUCCUGCUGCCCUUCCUGCUCAUUCUGGCGCUGUGGUUCUGGGCCCCGGCCAGCCUGCUGUGUUACCUGCCGGCUGUGAACCUGACGCAGUGGCGUUCUGCGCACCCUUUCACCUUCUCCCUGACCCCGAGCCCCACCCCCUCCUCCCCCCUGGAGCAGGCCGUCCGCAAGGCUGAAGACCACCCCGCCACCGCCCCGCCUCCUGUCGUCCCACAGGCGGUGUUCUCCCUGGACGCGGAGCGGUUGUAUCGGCUGGAGCAGCGUUUGGGGGAGCUGUGGGAGGGGGUGCAGAAGGGGGGCCGGCUGCAGGAGCAGCAGCACGGGGAGGUGCUGGGGCUGUACUCCUCCCUGCAGGAGCAGCUGGACAGACGCACGGACCGGGACAGCCUGGGGCUGUGGGUCUCCGGCCUGCUGGAGCACAGACUCACCCUGCUGAGGAGCGAGAUCCAACAGGAGACUACGCAGACAGAGAAGACCCAGGAGGAGCUCCGGCUGCAGCAGCAGGGGUACGCCGCUCGCCUGUCCGAGCUGGAGGCCCUGCUGCAGGUCCUGGCGGCCAAAACCCAGGAGGUGCAGCAGAAACAGGACACGCCCCCGCCAGCCCCUGUCAGUGUGGGCGUGGACAGAGAGUCCCAUGAUGCCUUGCUGCUGGAGGUGCAGAGGCUGGAGGCGGAGCUGGGCAUCAUCAGGCAGGACCUGCAGGGGGUGCUGGGAUGCCGCGGGAAGUGCGAGCAGCUGGAUGGCCUCCGGGACACGGUGUCUGCGCAGGUGAGGCGGGAGCUGCAGGCUCUGUUCUACGGGGGAGAGGAGGGGGAGCUGCCGGAGCCUCUGCUGGGGUGGCUGUCUGCGCAGUUCGCACGCGGCUCCGACCUGCAGGCCAGCCUGGUCUCCCUGGAGACCAGCAUCCUGAGGAACGUCAGCCUGCAGCUGGAGCAGAGCAAGCAGCCGCCCUGCCCUGCGGCUGUGACCGCCACCGUGGAGCUCGCUGCCAAGGAUGCUGGGAUGUCUGAGGAGCAGGUGCAGCUGAUUGUGCAGAACGCUCUGAGGCUGUACUCCCAGGACCGGACCGGCCAGGUGGACUACGCCCUGGAGUCUGGAGGCGGCAGCAUCCUGAGCACGCGCUGCUCGGAGACGUACGAAACCAAGACGGCCCUCAUGAGCCUGUUCGGGCUGCCCCUCUGGUACUUCUCCCAGUCCCCCCGCGUCGUCAUCCAGCCGGACAUGUACCCCGGAAACUGCUGGGCCUUCAAGGGCUCCCACGGCUACCUGGUGAUCAGGCUGUCGCUGAGCGUGGUCCCCACCGCCUUCUGCCUGGAGCACAUCUCCAAAACCCUGUCCCCCACCGGCACCAUCAGCAGCGCCCCCCGCCACUUCAUCGUCUACGGUCUGGAUGACGAGUACCAGGAGGAGGGCAAGCUGCUGGGGCGGUACACCUACCAGGAGGACGGAGAGUCGCUGCAGACCUUCCCCGUCACGGAGGAGAACGACGAGGCGUACCAGAUCAUCGAGGUGCGGGUGCUGUCCAACUGGGGCCACCCGGAGUACACCUGCCUCUACCGCUUCCGCGUGCACGGAGAGAGGAAGAGCAAGUGAGGAGGAGGAGGAGUGGAAGGAUCUCACCUGCCCAUGUACAGAGAGACACCCCCCCCCCCCCCCCCCCCCCCCCCCACCCUGUUUGUAUAUAAUGGAGGAUUGCUCGAGGAAGGGGUGGUGCAAAUUCCGGACGUUUUACCGGGACGGGGGCGAGGGGGCGAGUGUCAGACAGAACACGCCCAGUGGAAGAAGCUACUUUUAAAAAAUGUAAAAAUAAAACACAAAGGACUGAAAGGUAUAAAAAGACUGGAAGGGAACGUUGCAGAUCGCGGAACUGAACGAUCCGAUGGAGACACGGCCCCCCUGUCCGACUUCACAUCUCAAAACUGCACUGAUUUACCCACCCCCACCUUCCCCAUCUCGGGCCAGGAGACCCAGAGAAGCCACAACGCCCCGCACUGCCACCUGUGUCCUUAACUUGAGAUGGAGGACUCUUCUGUUCUUUCUUUCUGUUCACUUCUCUCUUCCUUCUCGUUUCUCUUGUCCUUAGAUUGUGUUUUGCUUUUGUUUUAAUGUCACUCACAGUUUACCUUUACUUAACGUGGACAUCGCAAGUUCUCUCAAAAUGACAUUUCUGGAAGACCCUGGAGCCCCCCCGUCCCUCACCCGGCCCCCGCCCCCCCAACCCCACAACCCCACUCUCUAUUGAGGGCCAAAGGACGUUCUAUGGAGGUUCAAGGGGACGUAGAAGCAUGCCCAAGGCAGGCCGAAGGUUGGAGGUUUCAGGGAAUGUAGACGUGCCACAGGCUGGAGGUUCGAGAGGGACGUACAGUAGGAGCAUGCCCAAGGCAGGCUGAAGGUUUCGAGGUUCAGAGAGAUGGAGGCAGCCCACAGGUUGGAGGUUUGAGGGGACAUGGAGGCAUGCCUGAGUCUGGCCACAGUUCUGCGCACUGGUGCAGUGUUUGUGGGGCAGACUCAUGACAUGCAAAAUGUCUGCAGGCUAUAAAGGUGGCCAGCAUCACUGCCCCUGCCCUUUCACCUUAACCCAGAGGGCCAUGACAAAGUGCCCUCACUCUCUGUCUAUAUCUAUUUCCUGUAUGUCUCUCUCUCUCUCUCUCUCUCUCUCUCUCUCUCUCUCUCUCUCCCCUUUCUCAUUCUCUCAUGUCAUUCAAUCUUUCUCUCUCCACCCCUUUCUUUCUAUCUCAGUCUCACUGUCUCUCUCUCUCCCUCGAUAGUAUAAAGAUACACUAACACCUCCAUAUCGGCAGUCCUUGAAUGUGUUCACGAAGCGGACAGCAACGCAAAGAUCAUCAAAGGCACUCUUUCUUUUCUUUUUUGCCCUCCUUUUUAAUAUUCUUGCCAUUUCUGACCUGAACUUUAAAUGAUCCGUGGGAGAGUACAUUUAGUGACGACGCAUAGAGGAGAUAUAUCGUAUUUUAGUCGAUGUUUUAGAGUCAAGGCUGUAUGCUGUAGCUUCAGCAGCCCAUGUUACCAGCCCCUGAGCGAUAGCAGAAUGUCUGGUUGUAACAGUCAUAAGGUCCUCUUAGGGCGUCGCUUGCCCAGAAACCACGCAGGAAUGUAAACUGUAUAUUUUACUGUUAAUAGUCUCGUCUUUUUAAAAUCCGCUAAUAUCAGUGUUGCUUUGAAAAAAAAAAAAGGGUACACCCCCGUCAUUAUUAUAACUAUUAUUGUUGUUAUUAUUAUUAUUAUGAUUAUUAUGAUUCAUUUGCCAUUGUAAUUUUAUUUGACUUCAAUGUUUUUGUUGGGUUCUGAAGGAAUCUCUGUUGCCGUUUGUUAAAGGCAUAUGUUUUGCUCAAGUCCUUGCAGUUUGUACAAAAGACGAAUUUGAACACGGAUGAGGGAUGUUAAGGGGGAAAAACAAAGGCUAUCUAUUUCUCUGUAGUGUGACCCUCUCAAAGGGUUGCACUGUAAAACAAAAACACUACCUAGACUUUGACUAGGUGUUGUUCAUGGCACUAUUUAUAUUUAAUAGCAAUGUGUUGAUGAGAAGUUAGGACUUGGUGCAAUGUAUUUUUGUAAAAAAUGCUUCAGUCCAAAUUUGGAACCGUCUUGGGGCAGUACAGCUGUUUGUUUGUUUUUGUUUUUUUUUUUGUUUUUUUAUAUAUAAAUUUAUUCUAUUUUUUUGUCUUUGCUGUUGUAAGAAGGGUCAACUGCUUUGGAAAUGCUCAAAUAAAGAAUUUAAUUUUUGAGAGCUUUUAAUAAUGCAUGUUAGCCUAUGUUUUCCAAAAUCAAAAGGUGAAUAAAGGAUAUUUUCAUUUUUCAUA